UUUUAUAAUGAGUUGCCACAUGGUUGUACACUGUGGUGGAAUAUUGGGUUCUUUUUUUUGGUGGCAAGCACAAAUUAGCUUUAAUUUGAUUCUUCUCCAUAGACAAUCCAUCCAUCCCUUGCUAGUCUGCCAUGGAAGGAGAUAUGAAGAGCGUGAUGAAGCAUUGGAUGGAAGGAGAGAUCACCAUCUUCAUCAAGGUAUGGCUCUCCAUAUACCUCUCUCUCUCCUACUGUUUCUUGGCUGCAAAAAUGGCUCCCAUUGGCCUUCCCAGGCUGCUGCUUUUCCUCCCUGUAAUCUCUCUCUUUCUCCUCCUCCCUCUCGCCCUCCACUCCGUCCAUCUCUGCGGCACCACCGCCUUCUUCAUCUCCUGGCUCGCCAACUUCAAGCUCCUCAUGCUUGCCUUCAAUGGCGGCCCUCUCUCUCUCCCCUCUCUCUCCUUCCCCCGUUUCCUCGUCCUCGCCUGCCUCCCCAUCAAAAUCCACCAAAAACACGCACAAGAUUCUUCAAACAACACUCAUUCUGUUUCAGGCCAGCACAGACCGCUCAGUUGGUUUUUAAAUGGUAAGUUAUUGGUAAAAACACAUGAUCGAGUCCUGACAGACACAACACAGCAGAAGUAUCAGGAUCUAGUCCAGAUAGACACAAUACAGAAGCACCAGACACGGAUCCUCUCACCUAAUGAGGUGUUGAGUUAUGGAGAGAAACCGUCUAUGGAAAUCUCUGAGAAUCGCCAGAAAUCUGCUGUGAGUUAUGCGGUGAAGGGAGUUUUGAUGGGUUUGAUCAUCAGAAUAUAUGAUUAUAGUGAUAGCAUAAACCCUACAGUUAUAUUGAUUAUAUACUGUUUACAUAUAUAUCUUUGCCUGGAGAUAAUUCUCGCCAUUGUUGCCGCUCUGGCUCGCGCCGUUCUGGGCUUAGAGCUGGAGCCGCAGUUCAACGAGCCAUAUCUUUCCGCUUCUUUACAGGAUUUCUGGGGAAGACGAUGGAACCUCAUGGUAAACCGUAUCCUGCGUCCCACCGUAUACAAUCCCGUCCUUGGCGUCUCGGCCAAGUAUUUGGGCCGUAAGUGGGCCACGUUCCCUGCCGUUAUGGCCACGUUCGUGGUAUCAGGCCUAAUGCACGAGCUGAUUUUUUUCUACUUGGGCCGCGCCAGGCCCACUUGGGAGAUCACGUGGUUCUUUUUGCUCCACGGGGCGUGCGUGGCGGUCGAGGUCGCAAUGAAGAAAGCGCUGAAGGGCAGGUGCCGAUUGCCGGGAAUACUUGGGACGAUCCUGACCGUUGGAUUCGUUAUGCUCACCGGCUUUUGGCUGUUCUUCCCGCAACUGUUGCGGUGUGAAGCCGAUGUUAAGGCGUUUGCGGAGUACGCGGCUUUGUGCGCGUUUGUGAAGGAUGUUGGUAUAGCUUUGACACUAGGCGCAAGGGGUGCUUUAGCAUAGGGGAAGAAGAAAAGUGUUUUAGCGUAGGAACAUACCAUUGUUUUUUGAAAAAAAUGAGAAUUCUAUUUUCGUGAAUAUUUAUUUUUGUUAUGUAAAUUUAGGGUGGUUAACAAAUCGAACAUGAACAAACGAAAGUUGUUCAUGCUCGUUUAUUAAGAUUUUUAGAGCGUCUGUUUUUAUUUAUUAAGUAUUUAUUUAUUAAUGUUCGUUAAUGUUAAUCAACACAUUUAUUAACAUGUUCAUUAGCACAUUCGUUAAAAAAUAAAUUUGUGAAUGUUUAAUUGUUGGA